GAGGACGUGACUGUCCACUUCAGUUGACACCCUUUGUGUCUCUGCUUCACCAUGGGCACAUGGGUUUCUAAACCACAAGUGCAAGUUCUUCUUCUGGGUCUGGACAACGCUGGAAAAUCGACUCUCCUCUACAAACUGAAACACAACAUUUGUGUCAGCACCGUCCCUACAAUCGGCUUCAACGUGGAAAUGCUUGAGGCGAGAAAGAACAGGAACAAAAUUGCCAUAACCAUCUGGGAUGUCGGCGGUCAAGGGAAGAUGCGCGACCACUGGCCGAAUUUCUACCAGAACGCUGCAGCUAUCGUCUUCGUCGUGGACAGUGCAGACCAAGAGCGUCUCAGCGAGGCGCAAAAGGAGCUGGAAGGCAUUCUGAGAAAUGACGAGCGCCAGGGCCGUCCGGUAAUACUUCUCGCCAACAAACAGGACGUCAACGGCGCGCUGAACGUCACUGAAAUCAAGGACAGAUUCAACCUGAGAAAGAUCUGCUUGGGUCGGGAUUGGUUCGUUCAGCCUUGCUCUGCAUCGACCGGGUUUGGAAUUGAGGAGGUCUUCAAAAGAGUGGUCCAACUGGUCAAACUCCCGUCAGACCCUGGUGCAGUGAAAGACAAUAUCAAGGAUACAGUGCACUACCUCAGAGCAAACAGCAGACGUUAAGAUUUAUUUAUAAGAAAUGGGUUAUUUGACAAUAUGGCCAGUCAAUUCUGAGACAGCUUUCUGCUUUAAUCUCUAUAU